CAAUUUUUUUUAUUUUUCAUUUAUUUUUCAACAAAACACAUACAAUCUUAACAUCAAAUCUAAAAAGAACAAACACCCAUAAAAAAAUAAAAACAAACACGAUGAAUUUUUUAAAGAAACAGAUCUGGAUCUACCAUAGGUCCUGUGUGUUCGUCUCUGAAAUUGUGCCAAUGGAUGAGAAUGCAGCUGAUGAAAUCCAUGAGGGAGGUUGAUAUAGAUGCAGCCAGGAAAUUGUGGAGGAAGAGGAAGAAAUUGAACUCAUUGAUAUAGAGUUGGAGGAGGAACAAAUCGAACUCAUUGAUAGAGAGUUCAAUGCUAACAAUGCAGCCGAGGAAAUUGGUGAGGAGGAAGAAAUCAUAGAGGAAAACAAUGUGUCUCGUAUCAGAGAAGUCCAGCAAACCGUACCCACCACUGAUGACCCGAAGCUCGCAGUGUUGACGUUUUGAGUGUGGUUUUUGGGGAUGCUGUCCUGCAUUUUACUCUCGCUCCUCAACUCCUUCUUGAGAUACCGUACGGAACCAUUCUUAGUCUCGAUGAUGUUUGUCCAGUUAGUCACUCUCCCAUCGGUAACUUCCUAGCCAAGGUGCUUCCCUCCACCAAGUUUUGCAUCCGCAAUAGCAGAUGGGAGUUUUCUCUAAACCCUGUCCCAUUUAGCGUCAAAGAGCAUGUCUUGAUUUCAGUUUUCGCUCAAACUGGGACUGCUUUUGGUGGGGGUACCGCUUAUGCAGUCGGCAUUGUGGAUGUUAUUUGGCUGUUUUACCACAAGAAGAUCACUUUCUUUGCAAGCUGGAUGUUAGUCAUCUCUAUUUAUUUAACUUCCUGGCCAAGGUGCUUCCUUCCACCAAGUUUCGCAUCCGCAAUAGAGAUUAAAUUUAUGCCUUUUUCAGGACCUAUUUAUGCGAUUUUUGAAACAAA